UUGCAAUGUUGUUUUCAAUAAAAAUAACAUUUGCACCAAGCAAUUCAAUCCACUUUUCCAUGUUGAUAAGAGAAUUAAAAUUAGAAAGAAAUUAUGGGAAAAAGCACAUUUAGACAUUAGACACAAAGGGACAUUUAGAAUAGAUAAAAAUGUGUGAUUAAUUGCGAGUUAACUAUGACAUUAAUGCGACUAAUCACAAUUAAAUAUUUUAAUCGUUUGGCAGCACUAAUUUAUACAACUUAUUCAUCUCCUGCUCUAGCGCUGCAAGAUAGCGCUGUGCUAUUUUUAGUCAACUAGCGCUGCUCUCAAAGCAGGGGGGUGUUCCAUCUCACGCUCUCCUUGGCGGCUGUAUAGGAAGCCCAUGUAAUCCAGCUUGUACUGUCUGACUUGACAGCAAAUGCCGAUCCGAUGUACUCAGUUGUUGUUUUAUGCAACCCAGUAUCACAUAAUUUCGUGAACCAGUCACGAAAAAGAAUCUAAUAUUUCGUGACAGGUUCACGAAAUUGGCACUUUUUUCGUGACUAUGUCACGUUUUUUCAACCAGUGCAUUUCAAUGGAGAGAAUAUUUCGUGACCUCGGCACGUUUUAAUUAACCAAUUCAUUUCAAUGGAGCAACACAAUGGGGAAUUGUUUUCGUGUUCAUUUAAGGUUUCGUUCUAAUUUUUAAGCGAUAAAAAACUAGUUCAUAAAAUAACUUGCCGUGUUCUUUUUUUUUAAGAGGUAGGUGAAAUAGGCAACGUAGCCUAUAGUUAAAUAUUAUGAACUCCACACCACUACAUCUCGGAGAUUUGCCUAAUCCUGACAGUUUUCCACUCCCUCACACCUUACUUGAAUCAGGAAUCAGAAUCAGAAAUGAGAAAGGGUUUUAAUCGCCAUGAAAGUUGCACAGACAAGGAAUUCGCUUAGGCACGAAGGUGCAUACAUUCAACAUAGGAAUCUUAAAAAUGUAUAUAUGAGAUCUAACUACAGUAAAGGUACAUAGACUAGCAAUGCUUAGAAAAUAAAAUAUGCACAAACAUAUAAAGUUGCCCUAAUUUACAGUAGGCCUAUAAAAAUACAAGUAUUACAAAAAAAAUACCAAAAAAAUAUUAGGCUCCAUUUAUUAUAAUAACAUGCUAGCCUUACCUAUUAAAGCCUACUACUUAACUGAUCGGUGCUUUUACGUAUCCUUUACCACCCGUAUUUAACCGAUCUUCCCAUUUAUAACCAAGAAAGGACUUAACAAUAACCGAGAAAAGAUAGAAGAUGUCAACUAUGUCAUUCAUAAUGGAACGAGGCCUGGACAAGGAGAGCACGCAACCUGGCACGCGACCUGGCUGGUUUCCCUGGCUACAAUACAAUCUACCACGCAAUUUUAACCUUCAGUGCGACUUCAUCCCCUUCCUGGUAAGUAGCAUAUAAAUGAACCUAUUCGAUUUCUCAUGUGAAGUUUACUUUUGAUGAAGUUGCUAGCCAUAAUUCCUCUGUUUAUCAACAAAACAUAGAAGCCCAACUGUAUUGCAAUUUUUGUAAAUGUAAAAAAAAAAAAAGAACGGCAGUAUAAACAUUUAAGAACAGGAGGCAUAUUAGCUAGCUAUAGCUAGCAUUGUACAGUGCAUGCGUUGGCCAGCCUGCCAGAUUUGAGCGGGCUUAGCUAGUAAAUGUAUCUAGUGUCCGAUUUCCUGCUUGCAGGACUCGAAAUUUAGCAAGAUGAGCACCAGUAGUAGUCUGUAAUAUCAGGCAGAAUAGUUGACAUAAUUUCAGAUGGGCUGGUUAGACUAAGAAAAUCAAUGUCUUCUAUAACUACUUUUAUAUGCUCUUGUUCACUUCUUUUUUUAACCUUCUGUUGCAGCUCCAUUAAACCCAUUUGCCCUUCUCCAAAACCCACCACCUGUUUGAUACCAAACCAACCCAAAGGCUCUUUUAAGAACCACAUCUUUCUUUCCUGCUCUAUUGCUCUCUCUAUCUCUCUCUCACACCAUUUGCCCUUCUCCACAACCUACUACCUGUUUGUUAUCGAAACCAACCCAAAGGCUCUUUUAAGAACCACAUCUUUCUUUAUUCUAUUGCUCUCUCUAUCUCUCUCUCAUUCUCAUUCUCUCCUCUCUGACUCUGUCAGUUUUCAGCAUUUUAAAUGGCAGGAGGAUCUAUAAAAAAGAGCUGCCAUUUUUGCAAAGCUUCAAUGUUUUUUGCUCAAAAAAUAUGUGGCAGCUGUAAGCAGCCACAACCAACAAAAAAGAUUUUGCAAAAAAGGCUUUCAAAAUUUGAUUCCCGAAGAGAAGUGUGGGCAGCUGGUGUGAAGAUCAACCACAACGUUGCAGCCUUGCACAAUGAUGCCAUUUUAUUGCUCGAGAAACUCCAGGCUGUAGGGUACAAACCCACUCUCCUGCUUGCCAAAGGCCACAAGAAGCCUUUUAAAUGUGAAGCUUUAACCCCGCGUUCCAUCCUGAAUGAAUGCUCAAAGGACUGCAUGAGCAAUAUAAAGGAGGUUUAUGCAGUCUUGUGUGAAGGGUGGACUAAGGAUUCACAGGACACACAGAGUCCUCUGACCUCAGACCUCUGUGGAAAUCCUGAACAGGGACCAGUUUUCACCCUGACACUGGUCCCUGUCAACCCCCAGGAGACGUCGACUAGCCUGACCGCCGCUCCCAGGGUCGAGACGUCGACUAGCCUGACCCCCUCUCCCAGGGUCGAGACGUCGACUAGCCUGACCCCCGCUCCCAGGGUCGAGACGUUGAAAAAAAAGAGGCAAAGAAAGCCAGACAGCCGGACUCAACAAAAGAAACAAAAGAAAGAGUGCUUGUAUCACACAAGCCUGAAGGUUUUCCCCAUCAGGAGUGUGAUCAAGGAGAGAGUCAGAAAGGGCAUAUCGGAGAUUUUUGUGGACUGGCAGCCUUGCCCAGUGUGUGGAGAGGAGUGGCCCAAGUCCUGGCAACCGAAGGCGACCAUACAACCUGUCACAUCAAUAUAAAUAAAUAAAAAUCCAUUCUUUCUCCUUGUAUUCAUCUUAGCUACAAUAUGUUGAAUAGGAUUUGUGCAGGGUUGUUUUUUUUCAGUAGGUUUAUUGGUGCCAACAAAGUCUUAUCAGGAACAGGAGCCGAGUGUCCCAGCUGGGCGUAAAAAAGUUGGUCUUAACUCUUAUGUCGGUCUUAGGUACGUCCGACUUAGUGAUUUGAAUUUAUACCAAGUGCACCAAGCUUGAAAGACCAA